AAUGUCCACCGUUACUUUAAGUAUAAAUGAAACAAACACAGUCGUUGAUAGACUGGUGAAUUUCUUUGUGGAACAUGAAGAUCUGCGAACGAAAAACUGGUUCCUUUCUAAUGCUCCCGGCCCUCUGUUUACCAUUUUGGCCGUCUAUUUAUAUUUCUGUUUGUAUGCUGGUCCGAGGUGGAUGCGCGAUCGUAAACCAUUCGAAUUGAAAAACACCCUACUGGUCUACAACGCUAUCCAAGUAGUGCUAAGCUGGGUACUUUUCUAUGAGGGUUACAAGGGAGGAUGGGGCGGUCAUUACAACUUCAGAUGCCAACCCGUACUAUAUGCCACCGAUCCAAUUUCAAUGAGAAUGGCCCGUGCAGUAUGGCUGUACUAUAUUGCAAAGAUUACCGAACUCUUGGACACAGUGUUCUUUGUAUUGAGAAAGAAGGAUCGCCAAAUCUCAUUCCUUCACUUGUACCAUCACACUUUGAUGCCAGUGUGUGCCUUCAUUGGUGUUAAAUAUUUUGCAGGCGGACAUGGUACUUUACUCGGAUUCAUCAACUCCUUCAUCCACAUAAUUAUGUAUGCCUAUUACUUGUUGUCGGCCAUGGGUCCCAAGGUACAAAAAUAUUUGUGGUGGAAGAAGUACAUCACUAUCUUGCAAAUCGUUCAAUUUUUGAUCAUUUUUGUACACACUCUCCAAGUUCAAUUCCAACCCAACUGCAACUUCCCCAAGCCCAUUGCUGCUUUGCUGACAUUCAACGCUGGCCUCUUCACCUACAUGUUCAGUUCGUUCUAUGUGAAAAACUACAACAAGGAGCAGAAGAGGGAAUCUCUCAAAAAGGAAACAGACAGAAAGGCAGCUCUUAAACGGGAUUAA